CAUCUUUUGUGCAUAAAAUGAUCAAGCUAAAAGCAAGUCACGAUUUUUAUUUUCUGUAUGGUGCAUCUGUGCCUGUGUGUGUGUGCCUGGUAAUUUUUAUUUUUUCAUGUUUAUGUUAAAACAGACAGGGUCCAAGUGGCGCUUGACGCUAAGUAAGCACGUUUCCUUUUUCAGCACACAGAGCAAUGUCAUCACAGACAUGACUCAACGUGGACUUUUAUUUCAAACAACAAGCCCUGACAUCAUCAAAAGAACAGAAGCACCCACUACUAUUUAUUGUGGAGUCGAUCCUACAGCCAAGAGUCUUCAUUUAGGUAAUCUCGUCACAUUAAUGGGCCUGCUUCACUUUCACAUUCGUGGCCACCAGACAAUCGCACUUGUAGGAGGGGCAACUGGAAGCAUUGGAGACCCUUCUGGUCGCAAGUCAGAGCGAGUACCACUGACAAAGGAAGUGCUGGCAACCAAUGUGGCGGGUAUUGAAAGUCAAAUUCAUCGUUUCUUCAAGAAUGGUGCUACCUAUGCUCGUCGAAGAGGAUAUGAUGGAAAUGAGCGCACGCCAAAAGUAUUGAACAAUUAUGACUGGUUUAGCUCGAUGACAGCGCUUGAUUUUUUGAGCGACAUUGGUCGAUACGCACGAGUGAACACGAUGCUGGCAAAGGAAAGCGUCAAGUCACGUAUAGAAAGUACUCAGGGUAUCAGUUUCACAGAAUUUUCUUAUCAACUAUUACAAGCUUAUGAUUUCUAUUAUUUAUACAAGCAUCAUGACUGCCGCGUUCAGUUGGGAGGAAGUGAUCAGUGGGGUAAUAUCACAGCAGGUAUUGAUUUGAUAUCCAAGAAGAGACAAGAUGAAAAGGAAGACAUUCAAUCACGGGCAUUUGGUAUCACCAUUCCACUCUUACUUACAUCGACUGGAGAAAAGUUUGGAAAAUCAGCAGGUAAUGCAGUGUGGUUAGAUGAGACGAUGACAAGUGUCUAUGACUUUUAUCAGUUUUUGAUGAGGUCAUCAGAUGAUGAUGUAAGUAAAUAUCUACGCAUGUUUACACUAUUGUCACCAAACGAGAUAAAAGAUAUAAUGGAUGAACACCAAAAAUCACCUGAGCUCAGAAUAGCACAAACCAAGUUGGCAAAUGAGACAACUGAGUUAGUUCAUGGAUCCGAUGGACUACAAAGAGCACAAACAGCUACACGUGUCUUGUUUGGACAAACAGAUUCACUUUCAGGCGAUCAAAUUAUUCAAGCCUUUAAAGGGGACAAACAUCGUUUCACUCAAUUAGAGAAAUCACGUUUGAUUGGAGCAGGUUUAGAUCAAAUCGCUGCCAUGACAAAUGCAGUAAAAUCUAAAUCUGAGGCACAAAAGAAGAUGAAAGCAGGUGGAUUCUAUUUGAAUAGUACCAAGAUAACACAUCAUCAGACAACACUGACAGAACAAGACUUGAUUGAUGGGAAAGUGGUCAUCCUUCGUAUAGGCAAGAGUUCAUUUUAUUUAAUAGAGGCUAUUUAA